AUGGACCUCAACCAGAGUGAGAACACGCGCCCGGCGUCGGAUAUUAUUUCGGGGUUUGCGAUGCCUUCGACUCCUGUCCGCCAGGGUUCUGUUCGCGGGACUCCUUCUCGUUCUACAAGUCUACGAAAGAGUAUUUUACAAACACCACGUCGCUCUAUCACAAUUCCUGGACCUCAGCAUCCGGAUCAUGACCCAAUAAAGGAUGAACUGGUCAUACAAGUGGGCAUUCUCCAGGCUCAGUUGAAUGAUUCCAAACAUGCUAGAGAGCUUGAGACCCUCCAAUUCGAAAAACAGCUACGAGAGCUACGAUCAAAGGCUGAUGCCGAUUUUCGUAGGGCUCAGGCCGCCGAAUCCCAGAAUAACCAUUCCGCGCGCAAACUGGAAACCGUAUCCAAUGAACUUACGGAAACUCAAGAAAAAGCCAUGGAGGACAAGGCCAGUUUGGAGCGGAAAGUCAGCAAUCUUGAAGCCGAAAACCACACUCUGAAGUCCGACCUUUUAGAGGUCACAGCCGAGAAAGGCGAGCUAGAACGCAAGUUCCCAUUCCAGAUCAGAGAGUUGGAAGCAAUGCGCGCUUCUUUGCAGAAAACAGUCGAGGCCCUGCAGAACGACCUUGAAGAAGCACGCGCCAUUCAGAUGACCACACGAGCAACAUUGAAUGAGCGAGAUGCGAAGAUUUUGGACCUUGAGGCUGAGAAUGAGCGUCAAAGGAUGACGACUUCCGAUGCGGAAGAACUUGCGUUCUAUCGGACGCAGAUGAACGAACAAAUCAAACGCGUCGCCGAGUUAGAAUCUAAGGACCGUCAACGAGACGCGGAAUUGCAACGUCUACGAGAAAGACGAGCCAACAUCGACCUACUUGAGGAACAAAAGAGCAUGCUUGAAAAUCAGAUUGCGCGAAUGGAACACUUUGCAGCAGAGAAUCAUACGCUUCAGCGUCAGAAACAAGUGCUAGAAGACGAGCGUCAGUCCUGGGCUAGUCUUCUAGAGGAGAAUGAUCAAUCUGCCGAAUUUGAGUCUCCUGAGACAAUUGUCAAGGCUCUGGUCGCAGAACGAAUCGCCAAAGGUGCCUUUAUUGAUCGUAUCGGUGUUGCCGAGAAGCAGUGCGUGGAAAAGGAUGCGGCAAUAAGCCUCCUGGAAAACGAAAAGGCGGAACUUGUUCAGCGAUUGAAAACUUCCAGCGCAACAGAGGCCUCCUCAACAAAUGCACCAGCAGUAUCGGAUACCUCAACAGACGCACCAGCAGCAUCGGAUACCCGAUCCCGAGCUCGACUAGAGCGUCAGCGCACUUUGGCAGUGAAAGAGGUGGAAUUUUUACGAGCUCAGCUGAAAACAUAUGACGAAGAAGAAGUCAUAAUGAACCCCGAGCAUAGCAAAUUUGAUGAAAAGAAGGCCGCUCAGAUCGUCCAAUUGCAACAACUCGUGGACGAGUACCGCAUUGAGCUCGAUAAACUCCAUGAGGAGCUUUCCAAGCGGGAAGCUUCGCCCCCGGAAGAACCUCGUGGCACAAAGCGUCCCCUGGAGCCAGAAAAUGGUCAAGCAGAAAGCGAACGGUUAUCAGUCCUUUCACGGAAGAACCGCACGUUGCAAGAAGCCUUGUUCAAAUCAGAACAAGCAACGACUCUUGCUAAGAAGGAGCUAGAAGCUGCCAAGUCACAGCUUAAAUCACUCAAAGCCAAGUCCCACACCCGCAUUCUCGAAUUACGAGAAAACCCGACGACGGACGCCGAAAAAAUCAAGAUGACAACUCUCCGAACCCUUCAGACGGAGAAUCAAGAACUUCUUGCUCAAUUGCGUGGUGAACAUGUCGGAGUAAAGGUCGUGCCUGUCAGCACACUUGAAAGCCUCAAACUUGAGAUUCAAGAAAUGGAGCGUACUAUCGCGGAGAAGGAAAAGCGCAACCGCCGUCUCCGGGAAAUCUACUCAGCGAAGGCGACUGAGUUCAGAGAAGCUGUUGCCUCUUUGCUUGGAUACAAGCUUGACAUUCUUCCUAAUGGACGUGUACGCGUCACGUCCAUGUUCCACUUGUCUCCCGCAUACCGACACGGGGACCCCAAUGCCUCAUCUGACUCCCGAGGCCCAGGUAGUAUGGGCGAUGGGGAAGAGAAUUCUAUCCUGUUUGAUGGUGAAAACGGCUCAAUGAAGCUGUCUGGUGGCAAUAAUAGUCUCUUCGCCAUGGAGAUAAAGCCACUACUAAAGUUCUGGGUCCAGGAAAGAAAGGAUAUUCCUUGCUUUCUUGCGGCAAUGACUUUAGAUUUCUACGAUAAGACGACUCGAGCCACCCGAGUUUAA